CCAGGGAUCUCCUGCAGCCAUGCCCCCCCCCCCCCCCCUUCUUGUCUGAAAUUUUAGAAAAUCAUCUGUGUUAAUCUCACUUGAUGCUCCACUCUGUUUUCCAGGUGGGUUGGCAGAACUUUCAUCUGUGGAUUCACUCGAAUGUUAUGGCUUUCCUAAAACUGAGCCUUCUUUUCCAGUAGAGGAGUUGUGUGUUUCCACUCUAGAAGAACUUGUGUCGUGUUUGCAGCCUGAGGGAGGAUGGACAUGCUGUCAGGGAAAGACAAAGAGCUGAUACGAGGCAGCUGGGAGAGCCUUGGCAAGAACAAAGUUCCUCAUGGUGUGAUCAUGUUUUCCAGACUGUUUGAGCUGGACCCUGCGCUCCUCAGUCUUUUCCACUACAAUACAAACUGUGGCUCUACACAAGACUGCCUCUCCAGCCCUGAGUUCCUGGAACAUGUCACUAAGGUGAUGCUUGUGAUCGAUGCUGCAGUCAGCCACCUGGAUGACCUUCACUCCUUGGAGGACUUUCUGCUCAACCUCGGAAGGAAGCAUCAAGCUGUUGGCGUCAACACACAGUCAUUUGCUAUGGUGGGUGAGUCCCUUCUCUACAUGCUGCAGUGUAGUCUGGGUCAGGCCUAUACUGCACCUCUGCGCCAAGCUUGGCUCAACAUGUACAGCAUCGUGGUAGCAGCCAUGAGCCGAGGAUGGGCCAAAAAUGGUGAAGACAAGGCCGACUGAAACACACCACGGGAGCUGCUGAGCAGUUGCUGUCAAAUCACUCAACAUGGUUGCCAUGGAAUAAGGUUGUGUAACUUGCAACAUUGUGGCUUUGGCUGCUGUACAUUUGCUCAGUGAGUGGGGUUGCAUAGCGUAGCAAAUGUAUGGUGUGGUUACACAUGACAAUUGGUUUGACCAAAUCAGAGUUUAUUUUUGUUGUUGUGGAUGUUUAGCUACCAGGCAAUGCUGCUGUACAGCUGCGAGGAUCUGUGCCAGCCUGUUAUGGUCUGAGCUUGUAAUCUGAGCUCCUCACUCUGAGAAAAAGCAUCCAGGAUAUAACUGUUGAGUUUCUUUGUAUAUAAUGGCUUUGAUAUAUCUACUGUAAUGAUAACAGUGACUGUGGUGGUCUUUGUGAUGUAUCUUAAAAGAGUUGCACACUUGUAAAACACUAGAUAUUAAUUAUAUUUUGGCAUCACACACACUACUCAAACUGUGAUGGUUACUGUGGCCAGAACGGGCAGCUCUCUAUCUAACUGGAACACAGUGAUUCUUUACAAAGCAUACUGUAGGAGAUGUUCUGGGACAAAGCAAUUUGAUUUUGAGAAAGGAAAUAUAAUCACCUUAAUCAUCAUUACCAACUCAUUCAGUGGCUAUCACACAUCAUUACACCUUUUUGCAUCUUUCAGCCUAAUGUUAAUAAGCAAAGCACAUUUUAAAAUGGUAUUCAGUAGAUGCUGACAAGAACUGUUAUACUCUCUGAUAGCUUUCUUUAGCAAUCUAUGACUGUUAAGGCGUCCAUGUGCACCUUACCUAACAUGGUAUGUGAUGCUCUCCUCAGCAGAGGUUGUGAGAAUCUUGUUUCAAUAGGCUUUAGUUGACUGUUAAACUCUAACUAAUAGACUGUUAUGUGACCUUCAGACUUUGUUAGUAAAGGGUAUCUUGAGGGAACUUGCUUGUUCUUUGGCUAUUAGUUUCCAGUCAUGCAGAGUACUUUUGUUUUUCUGAAGUCCCUUAUCACAGUAAUACAUAUUGACUGUGUUGUGGCUACAAAAAUAACAUUACCUCAGCUUCAGAGGCUCAGUGAAAUGAACAAGAAGCCGCUGCUUCUCCAACACAGAGCUUCUGUCUGAAAGGGAGCGCUUGUUUUGAAUUAUGACACAAACACAAAAAUUAUUUAUUGAUAAUUUAUUGCUAUAAGUAAUACAGAUAUAAUGUCUGUUGACACUGUCCAGUAUGUGUGUAUUCAUGACACUGUAUUUAACAUCCUAAGCUGUUAUUUACAUUUAUGGUCAUAAUGCCAAGUAACUUAGCAACAGUGUGCCAAGUAUUAGAUAAUAACACCAUACAACUGUAAAUCCAAGCUGCUGAUAUGUGGUUAUUAUUGCUUUAGUCUCAGUUUACAUUUAUAAAGUUUAUUUUUAUAUUCUCAAAUGUAUGUGUAGUUCUAGAGCAUAUACUUUUUCAAAUGUACAGCAUAUCCUCCAGAUAUAUUACAUAAGGUAUUACAUGGAUUUUGAUCAAAGCAACUUUAACCCAAUAUAUGAAAAAAAAAUUAUGACUUGUUGAAGGUUUAUUAUUCAUCUUAUCAAAUGUGUUGUCUCUAAAGUGUUAAAUAGAUGUAGAUUUACAAGCACUGCAGAGAUUUUUAUCAAAUUCCUCUCCUCACAAAAAAUUACAAAGCAUAGUUUUAUAUUACACUUAAUUAUUCCAGCAUAGUCUAUUCUGUCUGUUCUUUCCAGCACACAGGUGUAAUGUUUGUUAUCUGACUGUGUAGGUGGUGUAUUUAUAGUGAUUCUUUUUUUAGUAUCAGUUCGCCCUAUGCAGGUUGUAUUUCUCCAUGUGUCUCUUCCCACUUAACUGUUUUAUUUUUUUUUUAGCAGGCAUGAAAAACAACUGGAAUGUUAUCUAAUUAACAUCCAGGUCUGUACAUAUUGGGUGUGUCACUGUCUACCUCAUCAUUAUCAGCUGCUACUCAACAGCGAUGACUUCACUUAGUUAUCCUCCAACCAAAAACGCACAUUAUCAGAGUUAAUGCAAGCACGCACUCUAUGUAACCUGGACUUUAUCCUACAAUUAAAAAAAGAAAAACAUGUUGUGUGCUCACUUGAGACUGAAUAAAGUGAACUUCUGUGGAUAUUUUACUGGUAAA